AAUUGGGCGGUGACGGAGUGACGUUCAGAGCGUGGGCCGCGACUCUCACGGAUCCGGUUCCGCCCUCCCUCUUGCUGUCGACCCUCCGGGGCUAGCGCUCGCGAUCCCUUUCCCACAGUGCUCUGCGCUGUGAAGAAGCGGCUCCCGGGGACUGGGGGCAUUUUGUGUUGGUUGGAGCCGGAGCAACAAGAUGGCGGCGACGGCGGAGUGACAGGGGUCCCUCCGGGCGGGAGCCGGCGGCAGUGGUGGCAGCGGUAUCGCCGCCCUACCUUCACCGCUCUCCUUUUCCAGCCCGCGACGUCGCUGGGAAAGCGAGGCAGCGGCGGCCGCCAGAAACUAGUGGCUCAGCCUGGUAACCGCGAGAACUCCUUCAACAAUCUGCGGCCCGGCCAAUAAACCUGACAGCAGCGGUGAUCAGGUUCCCCUUGCCCGAUUCUUGGCCCUGUAACGCCGAAGAAGAGCCAUCGUUUUCUGUCUCCUGCCGCUCUCCACAGCCUUGUUCCGUGGUCGAGCCCUAGAGGCCUCCAUCCUCCCUUUAGAGGUGUCGGGGCUUAGCCCCAGCCUCCAUCUUCGUCUCUCAGGAUGGCGAGCAGCAGCGGCUCCAAGGCCGAAUUCAUUGUCGGAGGGAAAUAUAAACUGGUACGGAAGAUCGGGUCUGGCUCCUUCGGGGACAUUUAUUUGGCGAUCAACAUCACCAACGGCGAGGAGGUGGCAGUGAAGCUAGAAUCCCAGAAGGCCAGGCAUCCCCAGUUGCUGUACGAGAGCAAACUCUAUAAGAUUCUUCAAGGUGGGGUUGGCAUCCCCCACAUACGGUGGUAUGGUCAGGAAAAAGACUAUAAUGUGCUAGUUAUGGAUCUUCUUGGACCCAGCCUUGAAGACCUCUUCAAUUUCUGUUCAAGAAGGUUCACAAUGAAAACUGUACUUAUGUUAGCUGACCAGAUGAUCAGUAGAAUCGAGUAUGUGCAUACAAAGAAUUUUAUACACAGAGACAUUAAACCAGAUAACUUCCUAAUGGGUAUUGGGCGUCACUGUAAUAAGUGUUUAGAAUCUCCAGUGGGGAAGAGGAAAAGAAGCAUGACUGUUAGUACUUCUCAGGACCCAUCUUUCUCAGGAUUAAACCAGUUAUUCCUUAUUGAUUUUGGUUUGGCCAAAAAGUACAGAGACAACAGGACCAGGCAACACAUACCGUACAGAGAAGAUAAGAACCUCACCGGCACCGCUCGGUAUGCCAGCAUCAACGCACAUCUUGGUAUUGAGCAGAGUCGCCGAGAUGACAUGGAAUCAUUAGGAUAUGUUUUGAUGUAUUUUAAUAGAACCAGCCUGCCAUGGCAAGGAUUAAAGGCUGCAACAAAGAAACAAAAAUAUGAAAAAAUUAGUGAAAAGAAGAUGUCCACACCUGUUGAAGUUUUAUGUAAGGGAUUUCCUGCAGAAUUUGCCAUGUACUUAAACUAUUGUCGUGGGCUGCGCUUUGAGGAAGCCCCGGAUUACAUGUACCUGAGGCAGCUAUUCCGCAUUCUUUUCAGGACCCUGAAUCACCAGUAUGACUACACAUUUGAUUGGACAAUGUUAAAGCAGAAAGCAGCACAGCAGGCAGCCUCUUCAAGUGGGCAGGGUCAGCAGGCCCAAACCCCCACAGGCAAGCAAACUGACAAAACCAAGAGUAACAUGAAAGGUUUCUAAGCAUGAAUCAAGGAACAGAAGAAGCAGAGCAGAUGAUCGGAGCAGCAUUUGUUUCUCCCCAAAUCUAGAAAUUUUAGUUCAUAUGUACACUAGCCAGUGGUUGUGGACAACCAUUUACUUGGUGUAAAGAACUUAAUUUCAGUAUAAACUGGCUCUGGGCAGCAUUGGUGAUGGAUGCUGUGUCCUGAGUUGUAGCCGCUGUAAUUGUGAAUAUUAACUGAGAUAGUGAAACAUGGUGUCAGUUUUCUAUUGCAUUUUUUCAAGUGGAAAAGUUCACUAAAUGGUUGACACACACAAAUUGGUGGAGAAAUUGUGCAUAUGCCAAUUUUUUGUUAAAAUCUUUUAUUUUGAACUAUACUGCUUUGAGAUCUCAUUUCAGAAGAACGGCAUGAACAGUCUUCAGCCACAGUUGUGAUGGUUGUAAAUGCUCACAAUUGUGCAUUCUUAGGGUUUAUCCAUCCCUGGGGUUUGCAAGUUGUUCACUUAAAACAUUCUUAAAAUGGUUGGCUUCUUGUCUGCAAGCCAGCUGAUAUGGUAGCAACCAAAGAUUCCAGUGUUUGAGCAUAUGGAAGACUCUGCCUGCUUACCUGUGCUAGAGAAACAGCGUCUAAGUGAAGACUUAAGAAAACUUAGUGACUACUAGAUUAUCCUUAGGACUCUGCAUUAACUCUAUAAUGUUCUUGGUAUUAAAAAAAAAAAGCGCAUAUUUGUCACAGAAAUUUAGUUAACAUCUUACAACUGAACAUGUAUGUAUGUUGCUUAGAUAAAUGUAAUCACUGUAAACAUCUAUAUGAUCUGGGAUUUUGUUUUUAUUUUGAAAUGGGAGCUUUUUUGUUUACAAAUUCAUUAAAAACUAUAAACUGUUUCUGUAAGGAAAUGAGAUUUUUUAAAAAAAACAAAAAUGCCUUGCUGACUCACUAUGAAAUCAAAAUCUCCCCAAUUUUUUAAUAGACUACUUCAAACCAUUUGUUACGUAAUAUUCCUUUGCAAAUCAUUUUAGAUUUACUGUCAUACUUUCCCAAGUUUUUUAUUUAAAAAAAUUUUUUUGCCCUGAAGCGGAAAGGCAUUCUUUCAUUUUUCUUCUUUUUUUUUUUUUAAUGACUUGCAGACACAAUACCUAGUGCUGCAGCAGCUGCCAGGACUUGGUAUUGUAACUUCUGCAACUUCAGACUAACAGCUGGACUGAUUUUGAAUAAGAAUGAAAGCGUUAAAGGGUUUAUCUAUAAAAUGAAGCUAUUCUCUAAAUUCCUGGUUGAUUGGGCAGAUUGACUCCUAAUCUUGGAGAGCAUCAUACCGUGAGAGAUUCUUGUAAUUGCUGAUCCUCCCCGGCCCCCACCCAUUUCUAUAAAUUAUCUGCAGUUUAUCUCUCAGUCUUACUGUGGCUCUUUUUCUGACCCAAGAGACAGAAAAGCUUUCUAUGACUUAUUCUUUAGUGUAGAGUGAAAGUCGCUCAGUUGUGUUCAACUCUUUGCAGACCCAUGGACACAAUCCAUGGAAUUCUCCAGGCCUGAAUACUGGAGUAGGUAGCCUUUCCCUUCUCCAGGGGAUCUUCCCAACCCAGGGAUUGAACCCAGGUGUCCCAAAUUGCAGGCGGAUUCUUUACCAGCUGAGCCACAAGGGAAGUUAGUGUAAUUUAUUCAUUUAUAGCAUGUCAGAAUAAAUUUUAAAACUUUUGUCUGAAAAUGCUGCCAGGCGCCUAUUGUGUAAAUGUAGGUAUUUUGUAAAAGAUAACCUUGAAAUUGUAAAUUGACACGUGUUUGAUCAGAUUGUGUCAGGUUUUUUUUUUUUUUUAUUUGAAAACUACAUUAGCAAUAAUUCAGUGAUUACCACAUUCUGCCAUUAAAGGAUAUAUUAGUACCAUCAUACUGCAGAAAUCUUAAUGAACUUUGGGGUAGGCAGCUUCUUUGUUUUCUUUCUAUCCACCCAUGUUGGUUAAGGUAUUUGUUUCUUGACUAAUAAACCCUUUGAUACUUUUAGCCAGAAAUCAGUCUCAUAAAGCUAUUUUUGAGUAUAGUUUGUGUAAAAUAAAAAUGUUUAGCUUUGGUAAUAACUUUUCCAAGCUGAACUCCCUCUAGCAAGAUAUUUUUCAGUGCUUUUAUUUACUAUGCACUUAGACUAUGCACUUUUUCUGAAAUAUUUUUGUAACACUUAACUUUUUUGUAUUUUUGCCAUUUGAAAAGGUUGUGGUGUAGUUGGUCUGUAAUUAAGUUGCAGAUUUAAAACUGCUGUUAGCUUUGUAAAUCAAAAUAUAGGUGUUUUUGUCCUGGUAUAUUGUCGUUCCAUCUGCAGCUGGAGUUGGAAUCCCAUUGAUCUUCUAGCUACCAUUCAUUUUCUUCACAGUUCACGAAAGAAGAAUGUGAAAUUCAGUGAAUGCUGUUACUAAUCCUGUCGGGAGAUGAAUCUCAUUUCACCAAAAUUAAAUUGUUUUUCCACUAAAAUGAUGAUACAAGUUGAAGACACAUCACUCUGAAAUUGGAAGACCUCACCACUUAAGGCUCCGCAGUGGCUUACUCAGCUGAACUCUAGGUUACUACUCUUUACUUUGUUCACCCAUUGGGGGGUGCGGUUUUUUUAAAUGUUGGGAGAUGGCCAUUCUAACUACUGUUGAAUGUCUCUGUUUUGGGAAGGUAUAACAAGGAAAUAAAAAAGAAUAUAUAUGAAGGGAGA